AUGACAAAGGUCAUCACGAGCACGGGAAGCGCAUAUUGGCAGCCUAAGAUUUCCAUCGAGGAUCCGCAAUGGGUACAAGCCGAUCUCGAAACUAUAGAGACUACAAGCACAGGCGCGGUCAUCAAGGUCGCGUUCAGUGUGGACAAUUGGGCGGUCGGACGGGCCGAUCUCAUCGAAUGGGAUAAUUGCUGCUUACCCAUGCUUGAAGUCUUUUUCUGGAUACGCACGACCGAUAGGACGGUGUCAACGCUCGAGGUGCCGACGUUGCAUCUCUUGUGCGGUCAAGACGAUCCUGACCUUCCACCCGACGCGUGCGAUCUCGAGGCGAUCGGCAGCCCGAAAGGUAUCACGAUCUGCCACCCCGGCUUCGAAUAUGUCAUCGGCAAUGAUGUGCGCCCCGCUGAUCAAUUGGAGUACUCUUUUAGUGUUUUCGUGACUGCCAAAUGCGAUGCAAGCGAAUACGAAGAGACAAGUCAAAGGCAAGUCAUCGUACAAAGGCCUGGCAAGCGCGAUAGACUGCUCGAAAUUGCAUUUGUGGCGAUGCCGCCUGAUCUCGCCGAAGAAGAAGAAUUCUGGAAGAUCCAGUUUGAUGACUUUGGCGAAGAAGACGUUCAUAUUACGCCGGUUCAUUCGGACGACCAGGGUACUCGGUUUUCAGUAAUGAUCAACAAUGUCCCGGUGACGACCGACAAUGUCAAUUGGCAAAUGUGGCGGAGAUGCUGCAUCGCCAACGCCUUCUUCACGAUCUUCCUCACCGGCGCAACAGGCAAAAUUGUCAUCGAGACAAGUAGCGUGACGCUAUUCUGCAAUGGCGCAGGACCGACUGCAGAUUGGGAAGAAUAUGACUGCUCGAGAGCUGAUGCCGCAUUCCUGCAGCCCAAAGAGGUUACGCAAUGCAUGCCGACCCAGCGAUAUGCCUCCCUAUCGAAAUCAGCAGAGAGCAGGCUGCCGACAGCCAAGCCUCCUGCAAGUCCUAGCUCGGCAGCCCUACUGCAGACAACGACGCUGCCCAAUGGCGUCAGAGUGGCGACAGAGUCUACGCCUGGCCACUUCGUCUCCGCAGGCAUCUACGUCGACACGGGUUCGCGGUACGAGAACGAUCGGACGAGAGGAUGCAGCCAUGUACUGGACAGGCUAGCCUUCAAGAGCACAAAGUCUCGAUCUGGCGAGCAAAUGUCACAAGAACUCGAAUUCCUCGGUGGCCAAUUCCUCUCAUCCUCCUCUCGAGAGACAAUCAUGUACCAAGCCUCCUCGUACACCCAUAGCCUGCCUAAAGUGAUCGCCUUACUUGCCGACACAGUACUGAAUCCGCUCAUCACUCAACAGGAACUCGACGAACAGCGACAGGCCAUCUUUUGGGAGAUCAAGGAGAUCAAAGCGAAGCCAGAGAUGAUCCUGCCCGAGAUACUCCACGAGACUGCCUUUAGUGGCAACACGCUCGGCAAUCCGCUGCUCUGCCCAGACGAGCAUCUUGAAAGCAUGACGCCAGAAACGUUGAGGGCAUUCGUCAAGAUGUGGUAUAGGCCAGAGCGCAUCGUCCUAGCUGGAGCGGGCAUCGAUCAUCAGGCACUGCUCGACAUUGGCAGAGAACACUUUGGCCACUUGCCAUCGUCCAUCACUCCCGCCCAGUCUACGAGUCAGAUAUUACAUCCAAGUCCCGUCUCGAGCAGCAAAGCCAGCGCACCUAGACCAUACAAGAACCUAUCCACUUCCGCUGCAACAAGAGCACGAGAGGCAGCCGGUGAACUUGCCGAUCUCGUAGCAUCGGAGGAGUCGGAAUAUCGCAAACUCGCGAUCGCAAAAGCUCGCUACACCGGCGGCACCUGCAUCAUGGAGAAUGAUGAGCUCGAGUUCAGCCACAUCUACAUCGGCUACGAGGGCCUAUCAAUUCAUGAUCCAGACAUAUACGCUCUCGCGACUUUGCAAGUCCUGCUGGGGGGCGGCAGCUCGUUCUCUGCUGGUGGACCUGGCAAGGGAAUGUACUCGCGCUUAUAUACCUCAGUUCUCAACCAGUAUCACACUGUCGAUUUUGCAGCUGCUUUCCACCACUGCUACCUCGACUCCGGCCUGUUUGGUCUUGCGCUAGCGGUCGCUCCUAGCUUUGUUCGACAAGCACCCCAGCUCAUUGCGCAACAGCUAGAUGUCAUCACGAGGCCUGCUUACAAUGGCAUCAGUCUUGCAGAGCUCUCGCGGGCGAGAAAUCAGCUCAAAAGCUCUCUCAUGAUGGCACUCGAGAGCCGGAUGGUGCAGGUCGAAGAUCUCGGUCGGCAAGUGCAGGUACAUGGUCACAAGAUUCCCGUCGAAGUCAUGUGCGAGCGUAUCGACGCAGUCACGCUGGACGAUCUACACCGUGUUGCUACGAGGGUUUUGCGACCAGAUGCUUCGGCAGGUAGAUCUGGUCAGCCCACCAUCGUUUUCCAAGGAAACACAAGAGGGCUACCAGAUGUCAAGAGCGUACUCAGGAAGUACGGUCUCGCAGGUCGCUAG